AUGGACACGGCACAGGCGCCCCUACGCAUUUUCACAACGGCCCUCGCACAGGUCGACAUACACCAACCAACUUCCGCCCACCAGGCCGCCGCUCAUGCCGUCGGGCAGAUAGCUGCCGCCCACAUCGGCGACGCCUGCUCUUCGGAGCCCCUCCUCCUCACUCCCCUCCUCGAGCUGCUCGACACCUCCAUCGACGACGAUGCGGGGAAUAGCGCCCGACUGCUCGCCGCCGCCAUCGCCACCCACGUCCACACAGCAACAGAUACCAUCUCACCCCCGUCUGGCGACCAAUUAAGCGCCCUCAUCUUAGCCGUGCUCUACUCGCGCGGGCCAGCACUGACAGACAGAGUCGGCCUAGCCUCUUCUCCCUCCACCCUGCGCUUCCUCGCCGAUGCUGCGCACACUCUCUCCCAAGGCCCUACUAGCAGCGCCUCGGGGGACCUCCAUGGCCUCCGACAGGCGCUCUUGCGGGACAGAGACGUCCCCAUCGGCGCUCGACAGAUCUAUUCGUUCACGCUCGCUGCACAGCAUCCAUCCGACUCCGCCACCGGUAUCCCAGACCGCCACCUGGCAUGGCUCGAGGAGCUGCAGCAGACCUUCUUGAUCGGCUCGGCGUCGUCCUCGGCCCAGCAAGAUCCACGGCUCAGUGCUUUGGACAUGGACUGGCUCCUCUGCUCUGCCGGUCCAGACGGCUGCAGAGCGGCACAGCGCUCGAUGCUCGACCAUCUGAUCGCAUCAUUUGCCCUCUCGGUGGCCUCGGCGGCUUCAGGGCGCGGAGGUCGCCGCGACGUGGCAGAGAUGCGCACGCGUGCCAAAUGGAGCGAGCUCGCACACAAGGUACCGGCCUUGGUCGCUGCCAAAGGUCCCUUUGCGGCAUUGCCCAUCGAAGAGGCCGUCGAAGUCGUGCUGGCCGGCUCCAUCAAGGUCGAAGACCUCGAUCUCUUUCGAUCUCUGCUGAUGGACUCGACGGCGACACAGGGCCUCUCGGACGCGAGGAUCGAGCACCUUGUCCUCUCAAUAUCCACCUCGCUCUUCGACCGGGCCACGGUCGCCUCGACACGAACCGGCGACAUGAAGCUGGCCAACGAGGUGCUCGACACGGUGCCGGCCUCGACGAGCGUCAAGCUGCAGCGCAACUUUAUCGAGGCGAGCUGCCGCCUCUGCUCGUUCCGCAUCCGCUCCAAGGACGACCCGAGCCAGACGAUGGGCGCAAACGAGGUGCGGGCGGAAGAGGACCGGAUGACGCUCAUCUCGCGCCUCUUGGCGCACAAGGAGGAUGCGUAUAAGUCGCCCGAGCUGGUCCUCGAGCUGGCGUCAAAGCUCUGCGCCAUCGGACCCGACUUUCUCGCAAGGCUCUCGAUCGAGGCGAAGGGACCGGACCACAACGACGACGACACGGACGCCGCCGCCGCCGCCGCCGCUGCUGCUGCUGCUACUCAGCCGGGUCUUACUGCCUCGCAGAAGACCAUGGUCGAGAUCCGCACUCUGGCGAUGCUGGCGGACGCCGCCACCUCGGCGAGCGACUUUGAGGAAGCGGCGGCUUUCUGCGUCCGCUUGGUCGAGAAGAUUGGCGUCCUGCGCAAGCGGGCGCAGGCGCAAGAGCGCAACGUCGACGCCUCGGCGGGCGCUCACGGUACAGUCGGCUCGACGGCAAGGAGCGGCACGGCGGCCUCGAUCCUCCCGGAGGCCCUCGACCUGGGCUGGAAGACGUGCUACCAGCUGAGCAAGCAUCCCGGCUGGGACGACACGCCGCAGCGGCUCACGCUCGUCUCGCACGUCCUCACGCUCUGCCCGUCGUCGCAGCUCGCGCCCAUGCUCAAGGCGUGGAAGCGCGUCGACGACCAACUCUCUCGCGAACUCGAGCAGGGCAAGACGUUUGCCUCGACCAAAAAGGCCGGGUGGCUCAGCGGCGCCGGCCUGCCAGUCGGGGCGGGCGCAAACAUGACGAUGGACGCGUCCAACGCCGCGGCGGCCGCGGCCUCUGUCGGCGCCGGGUUGGUCGGGAUGGGCGCCAACGCCGCGGCCAACCUGCUACCUCUGAGCUUUUCACCGCUCAGCUACUUUGGUGCCGGCAGUGCAGGCGGCAGCGCACCACCCGCCUCGACCGCUACCGCUACCGCUACCACCGGCGCCCUGCCGGCGGGGAGAAAAGACGAAGCUGGCAUCGGAAGUCGAGCUGCACAGCUCUUCGACUUCGACUCCGCCGCUGCCCCUACAGCAGCAGGAGCGGGGGGAGGGGCAGGGGGAGGUGGGGGAUACCUCUCGCUCGGGAGCGGAGGCGGACACGAAGCGGCCGAACGAGCCGCCCGGGCCGCGCGGGCGGCGGCACGCAACUUCCUCGGCGGCUGGUCCAUCUCCUCGUCUCCCCGCCUCGGUGGCAGCGGCUCUUCGACGCCGUUGCCCGCCACCAGCGCAGCAGAGACUCAGGAACAGGCACAGGGCACAGCUCAGCAAAGCCAGGGGCACGGUGCUCGGACAUCGGCGAGCGGCGGCGGCGGCGGCGGCGGCGGCGGCGGGUUCUCGCUGACCCGCGGUGUCGGGUGGUUGAUUGGCGAAGACGGCAACACGAGGUGA